AUCCUGGAGGAUGCCUUGGUAUUGAGAUCGACAGAAGUUCAGCUGAACGGUGAGGGCAGCACGACCAUUCUGCUGCGAAAGGUGUCCCCUUCGGGUUCUCAUAAAGAGAUAUUUGCCCCAAGAUCACAUCUGUCAAACAUUUUCUGUUCAGUAGAGAAUAUCCUCGGCCAUACAAUCAUGAAAGCCUUCCACACCGCAAUCGUCUCCACGUUGCUUGUGGCCAUGUCGUAUGUGGUUCAGUCCCAAGAUUGCGACCUCGUCGACCAACAAGCUUGUUGCUAUGUCGAAAGCAGCAGCGGCAGCGACACUUCAUACUGCUGCAACGGCUCCAUCGUAGGCAACUCAGACAGCACCGGAGCAUCAGCCCUCAACGACCUCAUCUGCUGUCAAGACGACGGUCGUACAGGCAUCAGCGUCGGCUUCGACAUCACCACCUGCCGAGCUGGAUCUGCCACACCACUCACCGCCAAAGGGACCGCGGCCAGCACUGUUGCAGAUGUCAUCAAGAGUAUUAGCGCUUCGAGGAGUGCUAGUAGAGAGUCACUAUUUAGCUCGGCGUCUGCCUCCAGAGCAAGUGCUGCCGCGGCUUCGGGAUCAGCUUCAGUCACAAGCACCACUGCGGCAUCGAGCACAUCGGGUGGAUUGAGUACGUCGACAGGAUCCUCUUCUGGCAGUGCAUCGACCUCUUUGUCUGGUUCUUCUUCCCCAGCGAGCGCUGCUGGAACGACUUCCUCUUCUUCCGGAUCCGCAGCAGCUGCGACUACGUCAGCUGCAAGCACUGGUGGUGUUGCUAUGAUGGAAUUGGAUGCUUGGAGUGCUGCAAUGGCUGGUGGACUUGCUCUCGCAGCAGCUGUACUGUAG